GCUGCCCUGCAUGGGAGACCUCCAAGCCUGGGCUCAGCCCUCACCCCCAGAAAUUGCAUCCUUACUGCUGGGACGAGGUCUUGGAGGAGCUUCUGGAGAGUUACUGAAGGAGAGAAUAUUUACCAGGAGUGAUUAAAGACAAUGGAUCCAGACUUUUUAAAUGCAUUUACACAGCCUUCUACACUUGAUCGAUUCCUAACUGAAGAUGUCAUUGCUAAAGGCGAGAAGAGGAAACUUAUAAAACCAACCUCAAGCAACAACCCCAAACUGGAAGAAUUGAAACUGUUCUUGACUGAGUGGAUCAACAGAACUCUGAAAGAGGAACACAUAGUAGUUAAAAGUCUGGAGGAAGACCUGUAUGAUGGGUUGGUACUUCAUCAUCUCCUGGAAAACUUAGGAUCUCUCCAGCUGGAUGUUGAGAAGAUUGCAUUAACAGAAAAAAAACAGCGAAAGAAACUCUCAGUGAUUCUGGAAGUCGUGGCCAAGUGUUUGCAACUGGAAGAAAGUCAGCUGAAAUGGAGUGUGGAAUCUAUCUUGGCAAAGGACUUACUGAGCACACUGCAUCUUCUUGUUGCAAUAGCAAAGCACUUUGAACCCACCCUGGCUCUGCCUCCAAAUGUUCAAGUGGAGACAAUCACCAUCGAGUCCAUCUCUGGAGGAUUAAAGACAUCAAAUGCGGUGGAAUAUAUCACAGAAAACAAAGAGAAUAUAGAAGCGCAGUCAAAAGAUGAUGCCUUUGAUGAAUUAUUUAGCUGUGAUCCAGAUAAACUGGAUGCUGUAAAAAAGGCACUUCUGGAAUUUGUUGACCAGCAUGUUGGAAAAUUAGGAUUAAAUGUGAAAGACAUUGAAUCUCAGUUUUCAGAUGGGGUUGUCUUACUUCUCCUAAUUGGACAACUAGAGGGCUACUUUCUGAAUUUAAGGAAUUUCUUCCUGACUCCGGCCAGCACCAUGGAAACGCUCCACAAUGUUAACCUGGCACUGGAGUUGCUAGCAGAGGGAGGCCUUCUGAAUUUUCCUGUGAACUCUGAAGAUAUUGUGAACGGAGAUACGAAGGCUAUAAUGAGAGUUCUGUAUUGCUUGUAUUCCAAAUACAGAACCAAAGAAGCAUGAAGAACAAGGCCAAGAGC